AUGCAGCCUCCCUUGGAAUUGACUAAAUUUCUUUUUGCUCUUGGUUUUAUACAGUCUAUGUAUGACUAUUCUAUGUUUAUAUUACAACAUGGAGACACUUAUACUAUUGUUGUGGCUUAUGCGGAUGACCUAUUGGUAGCUGGAACACAUCUUUCUCAAAUUCAACAUUUGAAAUAUAAGUUACAUGCUGAAUUUACAAUUAAGGACCUAGGUCCUCUCAAAUACUUUUUAGAUAUUGAAGUUACUAGAGAUUCAUCUGGUAUUCUGCUCAAUCAAAGGAAUCAAUUUCUUUGUGCCCCUAGAGUUCCUCAUUUUCUUGUUGCUCAACAUGUUCUAAAAUAUGUAAACAACACAUUACAUCAUGAUUGGGGCUCCUGCAUGGAUUCAUCCAAGUCUCUUACUAGUUAUUGCAUAUUUCUUGGUACUUCUCUCAUAUCCUGGAAGACUAAGAAACAAAAAAGUUGUUUCUAA